UUCCAAUACACGUAUAGCUACUGCUACUCUGCGACUGCUGUGUGGCUCAAACCAAUUGAUGCUAUCUGAGGAUUGGAAAAGAGGAUGAUAAUUCUCAAUGAUUUACUUCAAUUACCAUUUUAACAGUAUAUGAUAUCAGUGGUGUUAAAAAACAAGGAUACCACACAUUUUAGUUUCACGGUGUGUGCUUUUAUCUAUCUAUUUACUUUAUUCAUUUUACUUUUUAACUUUAGUAUAUAAGAUGCUGAAAGAAGUCAAAGAAUGAAUACUGAUCAUUUAAAAACUACAGCAAUAUCGGUUCGAUUUGCGAAUAAUGCUUGGAACAGUAUAACAACCCCGGAUGUAACAGGGUCAAAAUUUCACGAUGUAUCAAACAGUGGACAAAACUCAUCUUCUACAUUUUUUAAUUAUUCUGAAGCUGAUGAUUCCACAAAUAAUGCAGGAAUUCAGACAACGACAACAUCGCCACCAGUGUUCAACGAUGCUUACAUGGUUGAAACCAUUGUUCUUUCCGCUCUGUUUCUCAUUUCCUUCAUUGGAAACACAGCUACUUUGAUUCAGAUGUAUCGUAUGAGAAAACGGCGUUCGACAAUCAACACUCUAAUCGUCAACCUGGCCAUCGCUGAUCUCAUUGUUGCCUUUUUUUGCAUGGCCGCCGAAGCUUUUUGGACGGUCACUAUUCAGUUUUUGGCGGGAAAUGCCAUGUGUAAAAUUUUGCGGUACAUCCAAGUGUUUGGAUUUUUGUUAUCUACGUAUAUAACAGUUGUGAUAAGCUUGGAUCGGUGUUGUGUUAUUCUAGACCCUAUCAGCAGAAAUAAAGCGCCUCAGAGAGUCCGAUUCAUGGUAGGGGUUUCAUGGCUCCUAAGUGCCUUGUUCAGUGUUCCGCAGCUCUUUGUGUUCAGCGUGCUAAGAGGGCCAUUUAAGGAAGAUUUCUAUCAGUGCGUGGACAUAGCUUCCUAUCCCCACCCCAAGUAUAAGUGGAUGUACAACAUCUUCUGUCUCUUUGUUCAGUUCAUGAUCCCUCUGGGCAUCAUGAUAGCGGCUUACGGACUCAUAUUUUGUACUAUCUCAAGAAAAUCUAAAGAAUUCAGAGGUAAUGACUCCACAUCGAAUAUAAAAGACCUUGGGCGAGGACAAGUUAGAAAUAAUUUGUUAAAGAAAGCCAAAAGGAAAGCUUUGCGCAUGUCCAUUUUCAUCGUCAUUGCCUUUGUCGUUUGUUGGUUUCCAUAUUACGUGCUAUUCACCGGAAAUGCAUUCGGCCAAUGGAAAGAGUUGAGUCCAUCGCUUAUGGCCGGCCUGUCCACUAUGGGUCUUUCCAAUUCCAUGCUGAAUCCAAUCAUAUAUGGAGCUUUCCAGUUAUGCAAGGUGCAUAGACCAAGGUUAGUGUGGAGGACUGUUGUUUCAAAACCCAGUGGAAACGAUUCCAUCUACCUCUUGGUGAAAGAAGGCGAAAAAGCAAGCUUUAGGAUUAGAACUCCAGUUAUCUCCCUUCGGGUUACCGCUCGCUCUAAGUAUGAAGUUUUUCGAGAAAAAGGUUCCAAACAGUUCUCUCUACGUUUACUCGAACAAGAGGUAGAGAAAGGACACGAUCUCUGAAAACAUUGGAAAGAUGUCAGACGCAGAGGUCAACAUGAAAUCAAACCUCUAAGGACAAAUAAAAUGACGUCACUGAUAAUGAUGUAUGCUGACGAUAAGAUACAUAUGUAACAGUGAAGAAAGAUGACUAUCCAACGAUCUCAUCAAGGUAUAUAGAGGCAAUAAAAUUUCUCAAAUAAUC